AUGGGAGUAGUGGAUGCUGAUGAUGAGAUGGAGGUCAAUGCUAUCAAAGUGGAGGAUGACCAGAAACAGGAGGAAGACAACUUGGAGGGGAUGCCUGUAACAACUGCUGUGGAAGAGGGAAGUGACAUGGACUCUUUUAGCAGCAACUCCCUGGAUCAUGGGGAUGAGGUGGAGAAGAUGGACACCGGGACCGAUGCACUGACAGAGAAGCAGAUUGAGGAGCCCAGCAAGACCGGACAAGUGGACAACACUGAUUCCAUGCCUUCUAUUGUGGAUACAGGUAAUAAGACUGCUGCCUGCAUCUUUUUGUUGGCUAUACAAGUUUAGGAUCAGGAUGAUCAAUUGUUUCCGUAGUUUGCUGAAUUAAUUUCUUCAGGUUGAAUUUGUUUGUUUUACGGGUGUGAUGCUACCCUAUUUUGCUGUCUUGCAUGACACUCCAUUGUUGCUGGAAAGCCCCAGUGUCGAAAGUCCUCAAAGUUCAAACACGUCACCUUAUUCACACUAUCCCACCUCUCAAACAUUGUCUCCAUGACAGAGGACACAGAGCAACCUGCUGAGCAGACCAGCUUUGAGGAGGCUCCACUAAUGGAGCAGGACCAUUCUGAAGAUGUCAAACCGUUUCACCCCAGUCCCACCUCUAGCGAAGCUAUUCUCCCUCAGAACAGAAAAGGUGAGAGGCCACAAGAGUCAGUCUUUGGAAUAUACAGUCUUUUUAGUUGUAUAAUGUUCAGACAUGACCCGAAUACUUGAACGUUAGUGUGGUCCCUCAUAAUAUUCAGAUGCUAAUGAGUACACUGCAGUAAAAAAAAUUUAUAAAAUAAAUUCUCAAGCUGAAUUACCUGUUGCUUGUUUUUCUGCAGGCACUGGCAGUCCUGCAGGGCUGGAGAAUGGAGUGGCAGGACAGCCAGUCAAAGUUGUGAGUGUCCAGUGCAACUCGAUUGUCUCUUUGAAAGAAGUUCCUUUUUGUCGGCGAACAAAUCAAGAUAAAUUGGCAACGAAACAAUUAGGACCUCCCAGACCAAAUUUAAUAAUUCAACAGGUUUCUACUAAAGGGGGAAAGUCCUACACCCGAGGAUUUUCCAAAAAUUGGUACGAACGAAAAACCUGGCUAGCAGGCUGCGAUGUAGCUAAUGCAGUCUUCUGCUACCCCUGCUUACUCUUUCACCCUGAAGGCGGCACGGCAGACAGCAACGCUUGGACAGCGACUGGUGUAACGGACAUGCACCAUCUUUCAGAAAAGAUUAAGAAACAUGAGCUGUCAAAGACCCACAUGGAUAGCUGUUUGAGAUUGUCUGCUUUGGGGAGAGGGAACAUUGCCACUCAACUGGAUGAGGGAUACAGGCUAGCUGUCCGCCGCCACAACGAUGAGGUUAGCAAGAACCGCCACAUCCUCAGCCGGCUAAUCCAGUGUGUGAAGUUUUGCGGAGUGUUUGAGUUAGCUUUGCGAGGCAAAGAUGAAACUGAGGGCUCCACCAAUCCUGGUAUUUUUCUUGGACUUGUCAACUUUGUGGCACAAUUAGAUGAGGUGUUUUAUGGAAAUGCAUAUUGUUUAUGCAGUGUUGAGGAAUGUGAAAGAACACCCUUGAUAAUUUUUACUGUGAUAACUUAUGUUGCUUUUGUAAGCCAACACUUUUGAGAUCAGUCAAUAAAUGCUUCUGGUAUUGACUUAUAUGCUGCCCCUGUCUUCAUGUUGUUGCUGGACAUAUCUUUUUUAAAAUGUGUGUAGGUCACCUAAAUCAUCAGAAAAAUUGCCCCCCCUGAGAAUUUUUUCAGGAGCCGCCACUGCCUGUAACCAUUCACGUUAACUCACAUGAUUCCAUCUACAAUUCUUAUUGAAUGUUACAUGCUGUUGUUCAAUGUUCUCUGCAGUCAGCCCAGUCUGCCCAGCCGACAGCAGAGCCUGUGUCCACCAGCGCUGACACCAUCUCCAUGGUGAAGGUGAAAGAUGAGCCAGUAGAUGAGGAGUAUGAUCAGGCCCUGGCUCCAGCAGUCCUCACAGAGGGCGUCAAGGAUGAACCAGACGCAGCAGAGGUACGGCAUCUCUAAACUCACUGGCCAAGUUUUAACUGGACAUUUCUAUUGUCUGAGUUACAUAAAAGUUGUCUAUUGACAUCAAUGCAUAUAGUUCAAGCUGUGUGUGUAUUUGAACCCAAAUCCUGAAUCCUGUGUGCAUGUUAAAUGUAUGUCACCUUUUUGUUAUUUACAGGAGUUGAAAAUCAGUAACGUCUUCUCUGUGGGCGGCGCCCCUACCCCAAUCGGUGAGUAGGGCACUUUGAUAUUUGUGCACAUCAGUACACAUUAGUGGUCGCUCAACGGUCAAAGCUCUAAGGGAGUGUUUCUUAAUCAUGGUCCUCGGGACCCAAAUGGUUAGUGGAAUCAAGUGUGUAGUGCUAGGGCAAAAACGGCAUGUCUAGCUUUUAUUUUGGUGAUUGAUAGUUCUCAAAGAUAGUUCUUAAAAAAUAUAUAGGUACAUUAUCUUUUCUACAUAAUUUAUAUCUGGUUUUAGGCGUUAAAGUUUACACGGAAAGCGUUUUUAACAUCCCCAAAAUUUGAUUGACAUCUCAACCUGAAAAAAUGCUGAGGCGGCACGCACAAGUAUUUCCAUUGCAGAAAAAUGUCUGGGCUGUGGAGUGGAUCUUUAUAGUCUACUGCAGGCUCUCAAAGAGCAACAUUUGACUGACUACCACCUUACAGAUGAUACAUUUCUCUCAUACCCCCUUCCCUCAAUCUCCACCCAUCCUCUCAUCCCUCUCCCUCUAUUAUCCACAGCCACAUCCACGCCAGUAGCCGCCCUCUCCAAGACUGCAAUGCCUGCCUUGGCCCCGGCCUCCUCCUCCAUCCCUCCGCUGAUCCCCAUGGCUAUGCGGGUGGCCUGUUCGGCCUGUAACAAGGUGUUGCUGAAGGGCCAAACAGCCUACCAGAGGAAGGGCUCCUCGGACCUCUUCUGCUCCACGUCCUGCCUCACCUCCUACAGCCCCCCGCCCGUCGUCAAGAUGACUGCCCCCGGCCCGGCCAAGAAACCCUGCCACUACUGCCUCAAGUGAGUCCUGCUGUUGUCAUGUCAUUGGAGUAGCUAUGUAGAUAAUGAAUUAAGGAAAGAUAAAUGAAUGUAAAAUAAGAAGCCUUCUGACAUUGCUAAACUGUAAUUUAUUGUUCUCCUGUGAAUAUAUUCCAAACUGUUUCCAAAGGUUUUGACCAAACUAUCCCAACUCGAUUCACAUUUACUUCCACUGUGCUACCUUUUUCCACAUGCAUUUAAAUGUAAAGCACUGUGAGCUAACUGACUGUAAAGAAAAAUAUGUUUAUAGAUCAAUUAUGUUGUUAUGAACUUAUCACCCCCCCCCCCCCCCCCUCAGGGAGAUUGCUAACCCCAAGGACGUGAUCACAGCUCCUGUGGACACCAUGGGCACGGUGAAGGACUUCUGUAGCCAGACCUGCCUCUCCUCAUUCAACUUCAAGAGGAACACUGCAGUCUCCACCCUCACCACCAUGACUGGGGCCAUCAAGUGCAGCAUGUGCAAGAAGGCCUGCAUUGUAAGGGACUUAUGGUCUUUGAGUGUGUCAGUGUGGUAGUCGCUAGGAGUAACAACAUUGGCAAUAUAAAAGUGGUGAUGUCAGAGCUGACAGGGAAGUGAACAAUCUGCUCCUUGUUCUCUCCCACACAGAGUAAACACGAGGUGAUCUUCCAGGGCAGCAUGCACAGGCUGUGCAGUGAGGUGUGCUUCACGCGCUUCCGCUCCACCAACAAGCUGUCCAUGAACAGCUGUCAGAGCUGCAACAACUACUGCUACGGCAAGGUCACCGUGCUGGUCGUGCAGGGGGUCAAUAAGACCUUCUGCAGCGCCGGCUGUGUCACCACCUUCAAACAGGUACGAAUCUGAUCCUUGAGAUGCAGUCAGAAGAAGCUGUUGGACUGUAACUAGGGAUGUUUCUAAAAACGUUACGAUCUGUCAAAUCAUUGCUUCCGCCACCCUUGUUUUCUCAAUUCCUCUCAAAGCUGUUCGGAGGAGGAGGAGGUCCGAGGGAGGGACCUUGGAUCUUCUCCUCCAGUACGUAAGAACCAUCUACCUGUAAGUUAAUGCAAGCAAAAGAAGUCACUCACUCUCCCUUUGUGGUCGGUCUGGUUUUUUCAGAAAGCUAAGAAGCAUGUGGCAUGUACUAUGUGCCGCAACUUCCGCGCACCGGUGGAGAUGGUUGAGAGCGCCGACUCUGACGGCAAGCUGGAGAUGUUCUGCUCUACUGGCUGUGUUACAGCCCACAAAGUACAGACCGUCAGCUCCUCAGGUAUAGCUAGGCUAACCACCUCUGCAACAUAUACACCUUACUCUCUCACUCACUCACUCACUCACUCACUCACAUGCACUCUCCUUCUUUCGUGUCAACCCAGGUGCUCAGGUAGAGUGCAACGCUUGUGGUCAGAAGACGGUGCCCUCCUUCCACCUGGCCAUGUCGGACGGCUCCAUCCGGAACUUCUGCACCAUGAACUGUGUCGUCACCUUUCAGGUAACUUAAGAGUAGAAAUAUUGAAAGGACGGCAACUUAAUGACCUUCAAUGAUAUUAAUUGCGGCUCUAAUAACACUUACUUUUGAUAUUUUACGCUUUGUUUAUAAAACAUACCCAUGUACGCUGUACUUUGCUGUCCUGCACUGACACUACAAUGUUAUAAUAUUUCUGUGGCCUGUAGGAUCAGUUCAAUAAGAGCAACACCCAGAGUCAGAUGAACGUGGCCCCGAGCACAGGGACCACAGCUCCCCCCGCGGCCCCGGCCCAGACCAGGGACCGGGGAUCCCAAGGGACCAGACUGCCCUGCUUCCAGUGCCACCGCCUCUUCUCCUCCAAGCCCGAGCUCAUUCAGUUCAAGGUACCUACAGUGGGGAAAAAAAGUAUUUAGUCAGCCACCAAUUGUGCAAGUUCUCCCACUUAAAAAGAUGAGAGAGGCCUGUAAUUUACGUCAACUAUGACAGACAAAUUGAGAUUUUUAUUUCUAGAAAAUCACAUUGUAGGAUUUUUUAUGAAUUUAUUUGCAAAUUAUGGUGGAAAAUAAGUAUUUGGUCACCUACAAACAAGCAAGAUUUCUGGCUCUCACAGACCUGUAACUUCUUCUUUAAGAGGCUCCUCUGUCCUCCACUCGUUACCUGUAUUAAUGGCACCUGUUUGAACUUGUUAUCAGUAUAAAAGACACCUGUCCACAACCUCAAACAGUCACACUCCAAAAUCCACUAUGGCCAAGACCAAAGAGCUGUCAAAGGACACCAGAAACAAAAUUGUAGACCUGCACCAGGCUGGGAAGACUGAAUCUGCAAUAGGUAAGCAGCUUGGUUUGAAGAAAUCAACUGUGGGAGCAAUUAUUAGGAAAUGAAAGACAUACAAGACCACUGAUAAUUUCCCUCGAUCUGGGGCUCCAUGCAAGAUCUACCCCGUGGGGUCAAAAUGAUCACAAGAACGGUGAGCAAAAAUCCCAGAACCACACGGGGGGACCUAGUGAAUGACCUGCAGAGAGCUGGGACCAAAGUAACAAAGCCUACCAUCAGUAACACACUACGCCGCCAGGGACUCAAAUCCUGCAGUGCCAGACGUGUCCCCCUGCUUAAGCCAGUACAUGUCCAGGCCCAUCUGAAGAUUGCUAGAGUGCAUUUGGAUGAUCCAGAAGAGGAUUGGGAGAAUGUCAUAUGGUCAGAUGAAACCAAAAUGGAACUUUUUGGUAAAAACUCAACUCGUCGUGUUUGGAGGACAAAGAAUGCUGAGUUGCAUCCAAAGAACACCAUACCUACUGUGAAGCAUGGGGUUGGAAACAUCAUGCUUUGGGGCUGUUUUUCUGCAAAGGGACCAGGACGACUGAUCCAUGUAAAGGAAAGAAUGAAUGGGGCCAUGUAUCGUGAGAUUUUGAGUGAAAACCUCCUUCCAUCAGCAAGGGCAUUGAAGAUGAAACGUGGCUGGGUCUUUCAGCAUGACAAUGAUCCCAAACACACCGCCCGGGCAACGAAGGAGUGGCUUCGUAAGAAGCAUUUCAAGGUCCUGGAGUGGUCUAGCCAGUCUCCAGAUCUCAACCCCAUAGAACAUCUUUGGAGGGAGUUGAAAGUCUUUGUUGCCCAGCGACAGCCCCAAAACAUCACUGCUCUAGAGGAGAUCUGCAUGGAGGAAUGGGCCAAAAUACCAGCAACAGUGUGUGAAAACCUUGUGAAGACUUACAGAAAACGUUUGACCUGUGUCAUUGCCAACAAAGGGUAUAUAACAAAGUAUUGAGAAACUUUUGUUAUUGACCAAAUACUUAUUUUCCACCAUAAUUUGCAAAUAAAUUGAUUAAAAAUCCUACAAUGUGAUUUUCUGGAUUUGUUUUUCUCAUUUUGUCUGUCAUAGUUGACGUGUACCUAUGAUGAAAAUUACAGGCCUCUCUCAUCUUAUUAAGUGGGAGAACUUGCACAAUUGGUCGCUGACUAAAUACUUUUUUCCCCCACUGUAUAUGGUAUUUAAUUUCUCUCUCUAUCUAUCUCAUUCUGUCACUUUUCUUUUUGCGUUUCCCUCUUCCUCCAUUUUGUUGAACUCACACUCUCCCUCUCACAAACACAAAUCCCCUCUAUUUAUGUUGACAACCUCGGUUAAUGCUGCUAUAUAAUUGAUUAAAUGUAUGUCUGCAACCCUACAGGAUAAGAUGGUAUUCCUCUGUUCAGUAAAUUGCUCUGAGGAGUACAGAAAGAUCAACUACGAGAUGGCGCGCUGCGAGUACUGCAAGAUUGAGAAGCCAGCCAAGGAGGUCAAGAGAAUCAACAAGAGGGACUACAGCUUCUGCAGCGAAGGUGAGGAGGGAGAUCCAUACAUGUCUUUAAUAGGCCUGCUACUUACAGGAGUUCGCACCUUGGUGAAUAAAGACCCAUUUCCCUGUCUCUCCCUCUUCUCUCCUCCAUACCCAGGCUGUAAGCUGCUCUACAAGCACGACCUGACCAAGCGCUGGGGGAAACACUGCAGAAACUGUGCCUACUGCGCCUCCACCGCGCAGAAGGCCAUCACAGGCCAGUACGGAGGCAAGAUGGAGGAGUUCUGCUCGGACGAGUGCAAGUCCCACUACACCCUGCUCUUCUGCCAGGUAAAGGAAGGAACCAUGCUAAGGAACUGAACAAGACACCUAGGGCUCAAUGAGGCUCAAUACUUAGAAGCAGUCUUCUGUCGGUGUUUAUCUCCUUUUCUUUUGAUCUGAAACGGCUUAAAUACAAACUUUUGUAGAAGACUUGUCUGAAAAGAAUACCAGACAUUUUGUUUAGAUUGUUGUACAGUUCUCUCAUAUUAGUGCAGGUGGAAGGAAGAAGGUAGGGAUACGAAACCACAUGAUGAGUGAAUUAAUUGAACUUUCCAAAUGGUACAUCCUAUAUGGCAGUUGGAAUAGCUGUUUGCAGGGCAAUUAGUAUUAGUACUUCAGUCUCCCCUGUUUUCUCAGCGGCAGCUGUAAACGGCGGUCGUGUCAGCGGCGGUCUCGUCGCAAAACUAAGACCGCCGCCGAAACAAAGACGGUUCUUUGUUCUGCCGAGUUAUUCGAGGAUGGAAAGCGAGGAAGGCUCCACACCACUCUCACGAAUAUCUUACCUGGUUAUUUUCAGAUCUCAUUUUGCUCUUUGGCAUCUAUGUGUGUGUGUUUUCUGUACCUGUUUGCUCCUCUCACUGUAGGCUUUACAGACGCACCCCACCCCUUGGCUGCAACCCUUCUAAUUUAGGUUGUGCGCGCAGGGUACAUUUACAUUUACAUUUUAGUCAUUUAGCAGACGCUCUUAUCCAGAGCGACUUAGUUAGUGAAUACAUAUUAUUAUUAUUUUUUAUACUGGCCCCCCGUGGGAAUCGAACCCACAACCCUGGCGUUGCAAACGCCAUGCUCUAUCAACUGAGCUACAUCCCUGCCGGCCAUUCCCUCCCCUACCCUGGACAACGCUGGGCCAAUUGUGCGCCGCCCAUGAGUCUCCCGGUCGCGGCCGGCUGCGACAGAGCCUGGAUUCGAACCAGGAUCUCUAGUGGCACAGUUAGCACUGCGAUGCAGUGCCUUAGACCACUGCGCCACUCAGGAGUUAACUGUGGGUACUCUGUGGAAUUCCUGUUCUCUGGCAGUGUUUGGAACAGCCGAACUGGGGUCAACAAUGCAGAGUUCAUCUCAGCCGAUGCUGCCCUUAAGUCCUUUGAGUUUUUGGCCCUGACUGAGACAUGGAUCACCCCAGAGAACACUGCCCCUCCAGCUGCUCUCUCUUCAUCUGACUACAUUUUCCCUCACAGCCCGAGAGCAUCUGGUCAUCGCGGUGGUGGCACAGGGCUACUAAUUUCUCCUAAGUGGAGGUUUUCUCUUUUCUCCCCCUCUCACCUGUCCAUCUCCUCAUUUAAAUGUCAUGCUGUCACUGUCACUUGUCCACUCAAGCUUAACAUUGUUGUCAUCUAUCGCCCGCCAGGUGUCCUUAGAGAGUUCCUCAAUGAGCUUGACACCUUGAUAAGCUAAUUUCCUGACGAUGGCUCACCGCUCUUCGUACUUGGCAACUUCAACCUCCCGACGUCUGCCUUCGAUUCUCUCUUUCCUCUCCUUGCCUCUGUUAUUAUAUAAACUCAGCAAAAAAAGAAAAGUCCCUUUUUCAGGACCCUGUCUUUCAAAGAUAAUUUGUAAAAAUCCAAAUAACUUCACAUAUCUUCAUUGUAAAGGGUUUAAAACUGUUUCCCAUGCUUGUUCAAUGAACAAUUUAAUGAACAUGCACCUGUGGAACGGUCGUUAAGACACUAACAGCUUACAGAUGGUAGGCAAUUAAGGUCACAGUUAUGAAAACUUAGGACACUAAAGAGGCCUUUCUACUGACUCUGAAAAACACCAAAAGAAAGAUGCCCAGGGUCCCUGCUCAUCUGCGUGAACGGAUCUUAGGGAUGUUGCAAGGAGGCAUGAGGACUGCAGAUGUGGCCAGGGCAAUAAAUUGCAAUGUCCGUACUGUGAGACGCCCAAGACAGUGCUACAGGGAGACAGGACGGACAGCUGAUCGUACUUGCAGUGGCAGACCACGUGUAACAACACCUGCACAGGAUCGGAACAUCCGAACAUCACACCUGCGGGACAGGUUCAGGAUGGCAACAACAACUGCUCGAGUUACACCAGGAACGCACAAUCCUUCCAUCAGGGCUCAGACUGUCCACAGUAGGCUGAGAGAGGCUGGACUGAGGGCUUGUAGGCCUGUUGUAAGGCAGGUCCUUAUCAUAAAUCACCGGCAACAACGUCACCUAUGGGCACAAACCCACCGUCACUGGACCAGACAGGACUAGCAAAAAGUGCUCUUCACUGACGAGUCGCUGUUUUGUCUCACCAGGGGUGAUGGUCGGAUUCACAUUUAUCGUCGAAGGAAUGAGCGUUACACCGAGGCCUGUAUUCUGGAGCUUAAUCGAUUUGGAGGUGGAGGGUCCGUCAUGGUCUGGGGUGGUGUGUCACAGCAUCAUCAGACUGAGCUUGUUGUCAUUGCAGGCAAUCUCAACGCUGUGCGUUACAGGGAAGACGUCCUCCUCCCUCAUGUGGUACCCUUCCUGCAGGAUCAUCCUGACAUGACCCUCCAGCAUGACAGUGCCACCAGCCAUACUGCUCGUUCUGUGCGUGAUUUCCUGCAAGACAGGAAUGUCAGUGUUCUGCCAUGGCCAGCGAAGAGCCUGGAUCUCAAACCCAUUGUGCACGUCUGGGACCUGUUGGAUCGGAGGGUGAGGGCUAGGGCCAUUUCCCCCAGAAAUGUCCGGGAGCUUGCAGGUGCCUUGGUGGAAGAGUGGGGUAACAUCUCACAGCAAGAACUUGCAAAUCUGGUGCAGUCCAUGAAGAGGAGAUGUACUGCAGUACUUCAUGCAGCUGGUGGCCACACCAGAUACUGACUGUUACUUUUGUUCAGGGGCACAUUAUUCAAUUUCUGUUAGUCACAUGUCUGUGGAACUUGUUCAGUUUGUCUGUUGUUGAAUCUUAUGUCAUACAAAUAUUUACACAUUUUAAGUUUGCUGAAAAUAAAUGCAGUUGACAGUGAGAGGACGUUUCUUUUUUUGCUGAGUUUAUUGUUUUGGUUGUACUUUUUACCCCUUGUGAUAUCCAACUGGUAGUUACAGUCUUGUCCCAUCACUGCAACUCCCGUGCGGACUCGGGAUAGGCGAAGGUCGAGAGCCAUGCAUCCUCCGAAACACGACCCCACCAAGCCGCACUGCUUCUUGACACACUGCUCGCUUAACCCGGAAGCCAGCCCCACCAAUGUGUCGGAGGAAACACCGUACAGCUUGCGACUGAAGCCAGCGUGCAUGCGCCCGGCCGCCACAAGGAGUCGCUAGAGCGCGAUGGGACAAGGACAUCCCAGCCGGCCAAACCCUCCCCUAACCCGGACGACGCUGGGCCAAUUGUGCGCAGCCUCAUGGUUCUCCCGUUCGCGGCCUGCUGCGACACAGUCCGGGAUUGAACCCGGAUCUGUAGUGACGCCUCUAGCACUGAUCAGUGCCUUAGACCGCUGCGCCAUUCGGGAGGCCUCUUUUGACCUCACCCUCUCCCAGUCCCUCACAAGGCAGGCGAUACACUUGACCUCAUCUUUACUAGAGGCGGUUUGCCUUCUAAUCUCACAGCAACCCAUCUCCAGGUCUCUGAUCAUGACUUUGUUUCCUUUUCUUUCUCCCUUUCCUCCAACCCACUCAGCCCCUACCCAGAUGUUCAUGCACCGUUGUAAUCAUCGCUUUCUCUCCCACUACUUCUAUCCUAAUCUCUCUUCUGCUAAAUCCUUCUCCCUUGUGUCUCCUGAUUUUGCAUCUUCGACCCUACUCUCCUCCCUAUCCGCAUCCUAUGACUCGCACUGUCCCCUUUCCUCCCGACCGGCACGGGCCUCCGUGGCUGAGGGACUCAUUGCAAGCUUACAGAACAGGGCUGCGGGCAGCUGAGCAAAAAUGGAGGAACACUAAACUUCCGGAGGGCCUAUCAUCCUUUCCCUUCCUCCUCUCUACCUUCUCUUCCUCUGUAUCCACUGCUAAAGCCUCUUUCUAUCACUCUAAAUUUCAAGUGUCUGUCUCUAACCCUAGGAAACUCUUUUCCACCUUCUCCUCCCUCCUUAAUCCUCCACCCCCUCCCUCGUCCCUCUCUGCGGACGAGUUUGUCAACCACUUUGAAAAGAAAGUUGACGACAUCCGUUCCUCAUUCAUUCCGCCUAUAAAUCCUACGACUAUUAAGGUCCGGCCGCCCGACAACCUGCCCGCUCGACCCCAUACCCUCCUCCCUUCUCCAGACCAUCUCUGGAGACCUCCCGUUCCUCACUUCCCUUAUGAACUCAUUCCUGAUCAUUGGCUGCAUCCCCUCAGACUUCAAAAUGGCCAGAGUCACUCCCCUCCUCAAAAAGCCAACACUCUACUCCUCUGACGUCAAACUGCAGACCGGUAUCCCUCCUUUCUUUUCUUUCCAAAACACUUGAGCGUGCUGUCUCUGACCAACUAUCUCUCUCAGAAUUAUCUUCUUGACCCUAACCAGUCAGGCUUCAAGAUGGGUCACUCAACCGAGACUGCUGUUCUGUGUCACGGCGGCUCUCCACACUGCCAAAGCUGACUCUCUCCUCUGUUCUCAUCCUCCUAGAUCUGUCUGCUGCCUUGGACACCAUGAACCAUCAGAUCCUCUUUCCACCCUCAGGGCUUGGCGUCUCAGGCUCUGCACGCUCUUGGAUUGCAUCUUACCUGGCAGGCCGCUCCUACCAGGUGACAUAGAGAGGAUCUGUGUCUGUACCACUCUCACUACUGGUGUCCCCCAGGGCUCGCAUCUAGGCCCUCUUCUCUCUAUACACCAAGUCACUUGGCUCCGUCAUAUCCUCACAUGGUCUUUCUUAUCAUUGCUAUGAGGAUGAAACUCAAGUACUUUUCUCCUUCACCCCUUCUGAUACCCAGGUGAUAAUUUUAGCAUUUUACCUGCCUACUUACCGUAGAUCGCAAGCCAAUAAUAAGUCAAUAGGGCUACCUGGCUAGCUACUAGUACUGUUAGCUAGCCAGAUAGCCACGAAGAAUUGACAUAAUAUGCAUUUUAGGUCAUUUUUUUCCUAUUAAACUAUCUGGUUAGCUACAUUAUUAUGAUUCACAUAUACAGUGCCUUCGGAAAGUAUUCAGACCCCUUCACUUUUUCCACAUUUGGUUACAUUACAGCCUUAUUUUAAAAUGUAUUAAAUAACAAAUAUCCUCAGCAAUCUACACACAAUACCCCAUAAUGACAAAGUGAAAACAGGUGUUUAGAAAUGUUUGCAAAUGUAUUCUAUUUUUUUUACAAAUACCUUAUUUACAUAAGUAUUCAGACCCUUUGGUAUGAGACUCGAAAUUGAGCUCAGGUGCAUCCUGUCAUCCUUGAUAUGUUUCAACAACUUGAUUGGAGUUCACCUGUGGUAAAAUUAAAUUGAUUGGACAUGAUUUGGAAAGGCACACACCUGUCUAUAUAAGGUCCCACAGUUGACAGUGCAUGUCAGAGCAAAAACCUAGCCAUGAGGCCGAAGGAAUUGUAGAGCUCCGAGACAGGAUCUGUGUCGAGGCACAGAUCUGGGGAAGGGUACCAAAACAUUUCUGCAGCAUUGAAGGUCCCCAAGAACACAUUGGCCUCCAUCAUUCUUAAAUGGAAGAAGUUUGGAACCACCAAGACUCUUCUUAGAGUUGGCCGCCCGGCCAAACUGAGCAAUCGGGGGGGAAGGGUUUUGGUCAGGGAGGUGACCAAGAACCCGAUGGUCACUCUGACAGAGCUCUAGAGUUCCUCUGUGGAGAUGGUUGUCCUUCUGGAAGGUUCUCCCAUCUCUGCAGCACUCCACCAAUCAGGCCUUUAUGGUAGAGUGGCCAGACGGAAGCCACUCCUCCGUAAAAGGCACAUGACAGCCCACUUGGAGUUUGCCAAAAGGCACCUAAAGAUUCUCAGACCAUGAGAAAAACAAGAUUCUCUGGUCUGAUGAAACCAAGAUUGAACUCUUUGGCCUGAAUGCCAACCGUCACAUCUGGAGGAAACCUGGCACCAUCCCUAUGGUGAAGCAUGGUGGUGGUAGCAUCAUGCUGUGGGGAUGUUUUUCAGCGGGACUGGGACUGGGAAACUAGUUAGGAUCGAGGCAAAGAUGAAUGGCGCAAAGUACAGAGAGAUCCUUGACGAAAACCUGCUCCAGAGCUCUCAGGACCUCAGACUGGGGCGAAGGUUCACCUUCCAACAGGACAAUGACCCUAAGCACGUAGCCAAGACAACGCAGGAGUGGCUUCGGGACAGGUCUCUGAAUGUCAUUGAGUGACCCAGCCAGAGCCCGGACUUAAACCUGAUCAAACAUCUCUGAAGAGACCUGAAAAUGGCUGUGCAGCAACGCUCCCCAUCCAACCUGACAGAGCUUGAGAGGAUCUGCAGAGAAAAAUGGGAGAAACUCUCCAAAUACAGGUGUGCCAAGCUUGUAGCGUCAUACCCAAGAAGACUUGAUGCUGUAAUCGCUGCCAAAGGUGCUUCAACAAAGUACUGAGUAAAGGGUCUGAAUACUUAUGUAAAUGUAGAUAUUUCAGUUAUUUUAUUUUUAAUAAAUUAGCAAAAAUUUCUGAACCUGUUUUUGCUUUGUCAUUAUGGGGUAUUGUGUGUAGAUUGAUGGGGGGGAAAAACAAUUUAAUCAAUUUUAGAAUAAGGCUGUAACCUAACAAAAUGUGGAAAAAGUCAAGGGGUCUGAAUACUUUCCCGAAGGCACUGUAGCUGACAGUUAUGAAGUAAAACGGUUGCUUUGUGUAUGUCUUGUUUAAUUUCUACUGCCAUUGUUGGCCUGGCUGGAAGACGGUUCAGUGAAUGGGUACAUCAAUAGGGCUAACUGGCUAGCUAGCCAUGAAGAAUUGGUAGCUACCCACAAAAUGUACAUCUACCUUGUAUGACAUUAGUUUUAGGUCAUUUUUGCCUGUUUAUCUAGCUGGCUAGCUAGAUUAUUACGAUUCACAUAUCUAGCUGAUAGUUAUGAAGUAAAACGUUUGCUUUGUGUAUACAGUGGGGGAAAAAAGUAUUUAGUCAGCCACCAAUUGUGCAAGUUCUCCCACUUAAAAAGAUGAGAGAGGCCUGUAAUUUUCAUCAUAGGUACACGUCAACUAUGACAGACAAAAUGAGAAGAAAAAAAUCCAGAAAAUCACAUUGUAGGAUUUUUAAUGAAUUUAUUUGCAAAUUAUGGUGGAAAAUAAGUAUUUGGUCAAUAACAAAAGUUUCUCAAUACUUUGUUAUAUACCCUUUGUUGGCAAUGACACAGGUCAAACGUUUUCUGUAAGUCUUCACAAGGUUUUCACACACUGUUGCUGGUAUUUUGGCCCAUUCCUCCAUGCAGAUCUCCUCUAGAGCAGUGAUGUUUUGGGGCUGUCGCUGGGCUACACAGACUUUCAACUCCCUCCAAAGAUUUUCUAUGGGGUUGAGAUCUGGAGACUGGCUAGGCCACUCCAGGACCUUGAAAUGCUUCUUACGAAGCCACUCCUUCGUUGCCCGGGCGGUGGGUUUGGGAUCAUUGUCAUGCUGAAAGAUCCAGCCACAUUUUAUCUUCAAUGCCCUUGCUGAUGGAAGGAGGUUUUCACUCAAAAUCUCACGAUACAUGGCCCCAUUCAUUCUUUCCUUUACACGGAUCAGUCGUCCUGGUCCCUUUGCAGAAAAACAGCCCCAAAGCAUGAUGUUUCCACCCCCAUGCUUCACAGUAGGUAUGGUGUUCUUUGGAUGCAACUCAGCAUUCUUUGUCCUCCAAACACGAUGAGUUGAGUUUUUACCAAAAAGUUAUAUUUUGGUUUCAUCUGACCAUAUGACAUUCUCCCAAUCCUCUUCUGGAUCAUCCAAAUGCACUCUAGCAAACUUCAGACGGGCCUGGACAUGUACUGGCUUAAGCAGGGGGACACGUCUGGCACUGCAGGAUUUGAGUCCCUGGCGGCGUAGUGUGUUACUGAUGGUAGGCUUUGUUACUUUGGUCCCAGCUCUCUGCAGGUCAUUCACUAGGUCCCCCCUGUGUGGUUCUGGGAUUUUUGCUCACCGUUCUUGUGAUCAUUUUGACCCCACGGAGUGAGAUCUUGCGUGGAGCCCCAGAUCGAGGGAGAUUAUCAGUGGUCUUGUAUGUAUUCCAUUUCCUAAUAAUUGCUCCCACAGUUGAUUUCUUCAAACCAAGCUGCUUACCUAUUGCAGAUUCAGUCUUCCCAGCCUGGUGCAGGUCUACAAUUUUGUUUCUGGUGUCCUUUGACAGCUCUUUGGUCUUGGCCAUAGUGGAGUUUGGAGUGUGACUGUUUGAGGUUGUGGACAGGUAUCUUUUAUACUGAUAACAAGUUCAAACAGGUGCCAUUAAUACAGGUAACGAGUGGAGGACAGAGGAGCCUCUUAAAGAAGAAGAUACAGGUCUGUGAGAGCCAGAAAUAUUGCUUGUUUGUAGGUGACCAAAUACUUAUUUUUUCUCAAUUUGUCUGUCAUAGUUGACGUGUACCUAUGAUGAAAAUUACAGGCCUCUCUCAUCUUUUUAAGUGGAAGAACUUGCACAAUUGGUGGCUGACUAAAUACUUUUUUCCCCCACUGUAUCUUGGAAGAAGGUUCAGUGAAUGGGGAGGUGAGUGAGGUAAUACAGUAGGGGGAGUGAGAGUGCUUGUCAAAUGUAUUGUUUUAUGCAUUCUCCACACUCUCUUCCUCACAAGAACAUACUCGAGAACGUGGUCAGAGAAUGCACUCGGCGCAUGAGCGUGUGGAGCACAGUAGUAUGCAUAUUAAGGAAAAACACCCUGUAUUUUAUCUGCAAACAUCAAAGCAGUGACUCGUUCAUUCUCUACAACAUCCUUAGAGUACGACCCUACCUCACACAGGAAGCAGCACAGGUCCUAGUCCAUCUCCCGUCUGGACUACUGCAACUCGCUGUUGGCUGGGCUCCCCGCUUGUGCCAUCAAACCCCUUCAAUUUAUCCAGAAUGCUGCAACCUGCCUGGUGUUCAACCUUCCCAUGUUCUUCCAUGCCACCCCGCUCCUCCCCACACUCUAUUGGCUUCUGGUGGAAACUUGCAUCCACUACAAGACCAUGGUACUUGUUUACGGAGCAGCAAGAGGAACUGCUCCUCCUUACCUUCAGGCUAUGCUCAAACCCUUCACCCCAACCCGAGCACUCCAUUCUGCCACCUCUGGUCUCUUGGCCUUCCCACCCCUACGGGAGGGCAGCUCCCGCUCAGCCCAUUCCAAGCUCUUCUCUGUCCUGGCACCCCAAUGGUGGAACCAGCUUCCCCCUGAAGCUAGGAUAGCGGAGUGCCUGCCAAUCUUCUGAAAACAUCUGAAACCCUACCUCUUCAAAGACGAAACUUUUGUGAACUAACACUCUCACUUUACUUCCCACCCCCCCUACUAGCGCUGACUUUGCUGAUAGCUACUUUGAGGAAACAUUUACUUACUAUGACUGUGAUAUGUGGUUGUCACAACUAGCUAUCUUUAAGAUGAAUGGACUAACUGUAUGUCGCUCUGGAUAAGAGCGUCUGCUAAAUGACUAAAAUGUAAAUAUAAAUUCUUACUCUGAGGUACUCUAACUGCUAUGUCUACAUCUUGAUUUUUGCUUCUCAGGUGGCCAAGUGUGACGCGUGUGAGCGCCAGGGGAAGCUGAUUGAGACCCUGCCGAUGCUGGGCGAGGUGAAGCACUUUUGCAACCUCCAGUGUCUGCUCGACUUCUGCAGCCUGCAGACCCAGAACCAGGGCAAGCCCCAGGGCCAAAAGGGUAGGACUUAUAUAAUAUGUUAUAGCACAUUGUAAUGUUUCAUCAUAGGGUGUAAUGUUUCAUCAUGUCACUGUGUUUUGGAUUAUUUCUUUAUAUUUAACAUGUCAUUGUGUUGCCUGCCACAGCUCAUGUUUUGGAAAGAGAGGUACACAUAAUGUCAUACAGACUUGGAGUCGUCGUCGUCGUCCCCCCCCCUUAAACCUUUUGCUGGUAAAAAUAGGAAUUACUUGAGAUUGAGUCAAAAUGGGGGGGUGGGGGGGUUGCGGUGCGCAACUCAAUAUUAGGAAGGUGUUUCUAAUGUUUGGUAUACUCAGUGCCUAUAGAAAGUCUACACCUCCUUGAACUUUCUUCACAUUUUGUUGCGUUACCAAGUGGGAUUAAAAUAGAUAUAAUUGUAAUUUUUUGACAUUGAUCUACACAAAAUACUCCAUAAUGUCAAAGUGAAAAGAAAAUUCUACACAUUUUGACAAAUUAAUACAAAUGUAAUAACUGAAAUAUAGUCGUUGCAUAAGUAUUCACCCCCUUUGUUUAUGCAAGUGUAAAUUAGUCCAGAAGUAAAAAUGUUGCUUACAAAUCACAAGUUAUAUGGACUCACUCUGUGUGAAAUAAUAGGUGUUGAUAUAAUUUUUUUAUGUGACUACCCCUUCCUCUGUCCCCAUACAUACAACAUCUGUAAGGUCCCUCAGUGAAGUAUUGAAAUUCAAGCACAGAUUAAACUACAAAGACCAGGGAGCUUUUUGAAAGCCUCAUAAAGAAGGGCAGGGAUCGGUAACAAUAACAAAUCAUACAUUGAAUAUAUCUUUAAGCAUGGUCAAGUUAAUAAUUAUGCUGUGGAUGGUGUAUUAAACCACCUAGACACAUUAAAAAUGCAGUCGUCCUUCUGAACAUAGACACAUGCAUACAAACACACAAUAACAUACGCACUAUACACACAUGUACACAUGGAUUUUGUGUUAUAGAUAUGUGGUAGUAGAGUAGAGGCCUGAGGGCACACACUUAAUAUGUUGUGAAAUCUGUUAUGAAUGUAUUGUAAUGUUUUUAAAAUUUAUAACUGCCUUAAUUUUGCUGGACCCCAGGAAGAGUAUGGGGAUCCAUAAUAAAAACAAAUUGAGCUUCGGGACAGGAAUGAAACUCCUUAGGGAUUUCACCGUGAUUUCACCAUUGGUGAUUUUAAAGCAGCUACAGUGUUCAAUGGCUGUGGGGAGAAAACUGAGGAUGGAUCAACAACAUUGUAGUGACUCCACAAUAAUGACCUAAAUUAAAGUGAAAAAAAUAAUACAGAUAAAAAAUAUUCCAAAACAUGCAUAUGUAUGCAACAAGGUACUGAUGUAAUACUGUAAAAAAAAAAAAACACUGCAAAGGAAUACACUUUUUGGCCUAAAUGCAAAGCCUUAUGUUUGGGGAAAAUCCACAACACAUCACUGAGUAACUGCUUUUUUUUUUUGUCAAGCAUGGUGGUGGCUGCAUCAUGUUAUGGGUAUGCUUGACAGGAUGAGAAGAAACAGGAUGGAGCGAAGCACAGACAAAAUCCUUGAGAACUUGCUACAGUCUGCUUUACACCAGACACUGGGAGAGGAAUUCAGCUUUCAGCAGAACAACAACCUACAACACAAAGCCAAAUCUAUACUGGAGUUUCUUUCCAAGAAGACAGGGAAUGUUCCUGAGUGGCCAAGUUACAGUUUUGACUUAAAUCUGCUUGAAAAUGUAUGGCAAGACUUGACAGUUGCCGUAUAGCCAUGAUCCCCAACACCUUGAGCUUGAAGAAUUCUGAAAAUAAUAAUGGUCAAAUAUAGGCGAUAUGCACAGUCGAGCAUGACGUAUUUCCGGUUAAAUCUCAGGAUGGAUGUAAACUUCCGGUUAUCGUAGAAUGAUGUGCUACCGUAUGCUAGCAUUGAAUGCUUGUCGUCGAAAACAUCAGAAAAGGUUAAUUUUCGUCGUUGUUGUUGUUUAUCUUAAUGUUUAUGUUAAUGUUUUUACUUGUAAUACUUCGUCUUGACUUAUAACACGAUGACGUGUAAACGUACGAAAGUGUCCUUUCAAAAACGGGAUGACAGCUCUUCCAGCCAUCACUGCUGUGUGCCGCAAUGUACAGUGUCUGGCAGAUGCAAUUCUUCUGUUAGUUUUUUUUACUUUUCCCAAAGACAGUGAAUUACAUAAACGGUGGGUGAUUAACAUUCGACGAGUCAACUUUCUUACAACAGACACACGAGUCUGCAGCCGACACUUUCUAAGUGAAGAUGUGAUGGAGCCUCCGACUCCAGCUGGGCGCAGACGUCUGAAGAAGGGAGCUGUUCCAGUGCUGUUUCAAUGGAACCAUUGUUCGUGGUUUAUGCCACUUCUGCUCUGUUUCAGUGCACGAAAGUACAGGAGGGACGACGGACAUGCCACGUUCAGAGUAAUGGGCAGUCUGGUAUAGUAAUGCAACCAAAUGAUUGCAUAUGCCACACAGGAACAGUAGCUUUUAACAAGCACAACUGGCUGUGAAUCACGCAAUGUCAUCUGAAAUACACAGAAGCAUAAUUUUAAUGGGUUUUGAAAGACGAGGGUCUACAGCAGCAGGAGUAGGAGCAAAACUUGUUCUUUCUACUUUUUACUGGUGUAAGCAACUUAUCUACUGUCUUGUCACUUUUGUGCUUUCUGCAUCACUUUCCUACUGUCUUGCACCACUUGGCUAUACUGUCUCCCACCACUUACCUAUUGUCCAUUUGCCAUUUACCUACCUUCAAACAGUAUUGGCAGAGCAGUAGGUGAGUGGUGCAACAUUGUAGCCUAGUACCAAUUUGAAGAAUAGCUGAGUGGAAUAUGUUACUGUCAUUGCAGUCAUCAAGUCAGGAAAAAGUAGUAAUCUCAUUAUUGUUUACAUUUCAAACCAAACUCCAAUUUGUUUACAACAGACCCAACAACAAAGCAUGGCAAUUCCCACUCAGCUACCCUGGUCUGUAUUAGGCUACCACUGUUCAGCUAUCGUGAAAACCACUAAAGUUCUAAAGUGUUCUCUUAGCAAUGGCAAUCAAAGCUGUGGUAACAUUAAACGAGUAAAACGUGUUGAACGGAACCUUGAACAAGUUCAACAGAACUUUGAACGUGUCACUUAAUCUAGUCCUACUCUCAGCUGGUGUGGUGGCUUUAGUUUCUUCAUUGAGCGGUAGCAGUGGGCUCUCACAGAGAUCUCAUUUGUAGCCCUGUUUUUACCUGAUACUUUCGUAAGUCGCUCUGGAUAAGAGCGUCUGCUAAAUGACGUAAAUGUAAAUGUAAAAUAAAAGUACAAACACAUGAAGUGAGAGGUAUAUACACAUGGUUAAACUUUAUUUAAAGCAUGAUUAACCUGAAGCAGGACGGAGUCAUGACUUAAAACACCAAAGCAAGGCUUCUAGCUCAGGCUAGCUAGCGUUAGCAUAUUACCUUCAAAGUUGCAAAGAAAAGAAGAAACGUAACAUUUGAAGCCUUUAUCCAGUUUGCUACGGGGUGUCGUACUGGAUGUCCGGACGACCCUCCGUAUAUCAUUAACAGAUACUUUAGGCAACUCCAGCAAACACCUUGUAAACUUCAUCUCUGCCAUCAUAACGGUCUACUGUCACUGUCUGGUUUUUUCCGGUAACCGGAAAUGCCCAAGCAUCCUUACGCCAAUGCGGAAGUGAUGCGUGCAUAGAGCCUAUUGCACAAUACAGGAGUGCAAAGCGCUGAGGCUUACCCAAGAAGAGUCACAGCUGUAAUCGCUCCUAAAGUUGUCUUCUAACACGUAUUGACUCAGGGAGGUGAAUACUUAUCUAAUCAAGGUAUAUCAGUGUUUUAUUUUUAAUAAUCUUUAUAAAAUGUUAUAAUAUUUCUUCCACUUUGACAUUUAGAGUAUUUUGUGUAGAUCGUUGACAAAAAAUGUACAAAUCCAUUUUAAUCCCACUUUGUAACACAAUAAAAUGGGAAGAAAUCCAAGGGGGGUGUAGACUUUCUAUAGCCACUGUGUAACGAUUGCAACAUUUCUCACUAUCAUUCUCUCUCAUUCUUUGUCUCUUCCACUCAUCCUUCCAGUGGCCAUCUCAAUCGCUCCAUCCCCAUCCAAUACUACCACUGCUACGAGCAUGUCUGAUCCAGUCAUCGCCAAUGUAGUCUCACUAGCCAGCUCCCCCAUUGGCCAGCCCAACUACACCACUACUGCACUGCAAGGUAUGCGCACACAGACUCGGUUACCAGUUAAAUACUAUUUGCUGUAUACACACUGGUAUACAGACAAGGUGUUGUACACUAUUAAGUGUAACCGGAGAGUUUUCAACCAGAGAGUGUUGAUUCAUUAGUAAAUGUCUUUGAAUAGGGUUAAAUUGUUGUUGCUAAUAGCGUAGCCUGUUGACACCCAUUAAGGUGCAGGUUAAUUACAGAUGAUUUUAGAUUGAUAAAUGAUCUCAUUAGCAGGCCUGACUGACUGGCUGUGGUGUUUUUAUACUGACUCAUGUUCUGUUGCGUCAUCACAGGGACUGUUCAAAGCAGACAUGUGAAGUAUGUUGGAAAUGUAAGUUGUGCAUAUGUUCUUUUUGUGUCAAGAACUGCAACACUGCUGGGUUUUUCACGCUCAACAGUUUCCUGUAUGUAUCAAGAAUGGUCCACCACCCAAAGGACAUCCAGCAAACUUGGCACAACCUUCAGAAGCUUUGGAGUCACUAUAGGCCAGUUUCCCUGUGGAAUGCUUUCGACCCGAGUCCAUUCCCCGACAAAUUGAGGCUGUCCUGAGGGCAAGGGUGGGGGGGGGGAUGUGCAACUCAAUAUUAGAAAGGUGUUCCUAAUUAAAAAAGCCUUUGAUAUUUUUCCGCUAAUUGGUCUUUUGACCAAUCAGAUCAGAUAUUUUGCAAAUAAUUGGGCAAAAGAUCAGUAUUUGUCUCACUGUGUAAACGCAGCCUAAGUCCUGUAUUUAUGUCAAUGGGAAACUAAGUGAAAUUCAAGUGGAAUUAGGUUUGGCCAAUGGUUACUAACAGUCUGUCUUCAUUGUGUGGCAGGCCAGCACACAGACACAGGCUCCUCGGGCCCCUCCACCCAAGGCUCAGAAGAACAAGGCCCUGCUCUGUAAACCCAUGGUCCAGAACAAGGGCAUCAUGUGUAAACCCAACUUCACCACCACAGGGUGCCAGACAGGUACAACACCAUACACACACAGCCUAUAUACCAUACGCACUACUUGUAUUUAUGUGCACACAAGAAAAUACAAAACAAUAUGAAGGUUUAAAAGGUAAACAAACUAUGAUAGGCCAUUGAAUACAUACACUAUACAUACAAAAGUAAGUGGACACCCCUUCAAAUUAGUGGAAUCAGCUAUUUCAGCCACACAUAUCCAUGCAAUCUCCAUAGAGAAACAUUGGCAGUAGAAUUAGGUCCCCUGUAGCUCAGUUGGUAGAGCAUGGCGCUUGCAACGCCAGGGUUGUGGGUUCGUUUCCCACGGGGGACCAGUAUGAAAAUGUAUGUACUCACUAACUGUAAGUCGCUCUGGAUAAGAGCGUCUGCUAAAUGACUAAAAUGUAAAUGUACAUCAUACAGUACAUUUCACAAAAUAAUAGAAUGGCCUUACUGAAGAGCUCAGUGACAUUCAACGUGGCACCGUCAUAGGAUGCCACCUUCCCAACAAGGCAGUUCAUCACAUUUCUGCCAUGCUAGAGCUGUCCCGGUCAACUGUAAGUGCUGUUAAUGUCUAGUGGAAAUAUCUAAGUGCAGCAACGGCUCAGCCGCGAAGUGGUAGGCCACAAGCUCACAGAACGGGACCGCCGAGUGCUGAAGCGCGUAGAAAUUGUCUGUCCUCACUUGCAACACUCACUACCGAGUUCCAAACUGCCUCUGGAAGCAACGUCAGCACAAUAACUGUUAGUCGGGAGCUUCAUGAAAUGGGUUUCCAUGGCCGAGCAGUCGCACACAAGCCGAAGAUCACCAUGCGCAAUGCCAAGCGUCGGCUGGAGUGGUAUAAAGCUUGCCGCCAUUGGACUCUGGAGCAUUGGAAAUGCGUUCUCUGGAGUGAUGAAUCACGCUUCACCAUCUGGCAUUCCGGGUACGAAUCUGGGUGUAGCGGAUGCCAGGAGAAUGCUACCUGCCUGAAUGCAUAUUGCCAACUGUAAAGUAUGGUGGAAGAGGAAUAAUGGUUUGGGGCUGCUUUUCAUGGUUCUAGUGAAGGGAAAUCUUAACACUACAGCAUGCAAUGACAUUCUAGACGAUUCUGUGCUUCCAACUUUGUGGCAACAGUUUGGGGAAGGCCCUUUCCUGUUUCAGCAUGACAAUGCCCCCGUGCACAAAGCGAGGUCCAUACAGAAAUGGUUUGUUGAGAUCGGUGUGGAAGAACUUGACUGGCCUGCUCUGACCUCAACCACAUUGAACACCUUUUGGGAUUAAUUGGAACGCCGACUGCGAGCCAGGCCUAAUCGCCCAACAUCAGUGCCCGACCUCACUAAUGCUCUUGUGGCUGAAUGGAAGCAAGUCCCCGCAGCAAUGUUCCAACAUCUUGUUGAAAGCCUUCUCAGAAGAGUGGAGGCUGUUAUAGCAGCUAAAGGGAGACCAACUCCAUGUUAAUGCCCAUGAUUUUGGAAUGAGAUGUUCGACGAGCGGGUGUCCACAUAAUUUUGGUAAUGUAGUGUACAUAUUCAAAGGCUCACACAUACAUCUACAUUUUGUAUUUCUAUUUAACUUGACAUUGUUGGUCCACAGAUGAUAAUUUCCCCAAGGUAAUCAUAGUGCCUGUCCCAGUACCAGUGUAUGUCCCAGUCCCCAUGAACCUGUACACCCAGUACACCCCCCAGCCUGUUGGACUCCCCAUACCGGUAUGUUAACACCCAACACUACCUAGCCUUCACCUCAGUCAGUCACAUAGUCACACAGAUUUCUCCUCAAAUUCUCUCAAACAAGAGCUGUGUGCUCUGGACUAAUUUUAAAACCAACUAGCAUUGAAUAGUAGUUUGAGGUUAGCUGAUACAUACUCUUGCAGAACAGAAGAGCAACAUGAACAAAACAUUGCAGCCCUCUCUCAGCCUCCACAUCUAACCUUUUAUCUGUCCCGUUUCCAGCUGCCCGUGCCCAUGUUCCUGCCGGUGACCCUGGACAACGCUGAGCGCAUCAUGGAGACCAUCCAGGACAUCAAGGAGAAGAUCCCCUCUGACCCGUUCGAAGCAGACCUCAUCCUCAUGGCCGAGAUGGUAGCUGAGGAGGGGAGGGAGAAGUCCCCACAGCGACCCCCUGAAAGGCCAGCCCCAGCAGUACAAGACGGUAACCAGGGGAGGGAGUCAGGGAGUGGGAUUGGGAUGAGACCUGGGUCAUGUUCAUUAUGCACCAAAUGGAAGAAAACAGACUGCAACAUGAAGAGAUUACCUGGACUUGCAAAACAUUUUCUGUUGCGGGGCUUAAUGAACAUGAGCCAGUUCGGUAAUCAGAGUUAAACAGUAGGCACUGGCUUUGAACCUGUGAGACCCUCUCUAUGGCUUCAUAGGCCAAGCUACAGCUGUGAAAGCGUGAUAUAACUGGGGUUUCUUGGCGCUUCCACCAAGUCGCUCUUUUAAAAGCAAUUCACAGCUGAAUGAGACUCUAAAAUGCUAUUGGUCAUUUGAAUUCCGCGUUAUAUUUCAGGUAAUGUAUUGGUUCAUUGAGCUUAUUUUCCCCCUUUUCAGAUAUGAGAAGUUUGCCUCGCCUCACUACUAUAGAUUCCUCUUUUUUAACCCUUAUUGUAGGUAAGUUGACUGAGGAUAUAUUCUCCUUUGCAGCAACCACCUGGGGAAUAGUUGCAGGGGUGAGGGGAUGAAUGAGCCAAUUGGACAGCUAGGGGUGAUGUGGUGACCAUGGUGGUAUGUGGGCCAGGCUGGGACUUUUAGGACUUUGUCUAUCCUAAGUUGAAUGCACCAAUUUGUAAGUCGCUCUGGAUAAGAGCGUCUGCUAAAUGACUUAAAUGAAAAUGUAAAUGUCUAGAACAAAAAAGAACAACCAAACUCUGAGGGAUGUGGGAGAUGAUAGAUAACACUUUAUUUUACAGCCCAGUUUAAGAUGGUACUUACCUGGUGUUUACAGUGCCUUCAGAAAGUAUUCACACCUUGGAUUUUUCCACAUUUUGUUGUAACCAGAAUUGAAUAAAAAAAUAGACUUGAUAUGUUUUUGUCACUGGCCUACACACAAUAACCCAUAAUGUCAAAGUGGAAUUACAGUGCAUUCGGUAAGUAUUCAGACCCCUUCACUUUUUCCACAUUUUGUUACAGCCUUAUUCUAAAAUUGAUUAAAUUGUUUACCCCCUCAUCAAUCUACACACAAUACCCCAUAAUGACAAAGCAAAAACAGGUUUUUAUAAAUUUUUGCAAAUGUAUAAUUUUUUUUUACAUAAGUAUUCAGAACCUUUACUCAGUACUUUGUUGAAGCACCUUUGGCAGCGAUUACAGCCUCAAGUCUUCUUGGGUAUGAUGCUACAAGCUUGGCACACCUGUAUUUGGGGAGUUUCUCCCAUUUUUCUCUGCAGAUCCUCUCAAGCUCUGUCAGGUUGGAUGGGGAGCGUUGCUGCACAGCUAUUUUCAGGUCUCUCCAGAGAUGUUCGAUCGGGUUCAAGUCCGGUCUCUGGCUGGACAUUCAGAGACUUUUCCCGAAGCCACUCCUGCGUUGUCUUGGCUGUGUGCUUAGGGUCAUUGUCCUGUUGGAAGGUGAACCUUCGCCCCACUCUGAGGUCCUGAGCGCUCUGGAGCAGGUUUUCAUCAAGGAUCUCUCUGUACUUUUCUCCGUUCAUCUUUCCCUCGAUCCUGACUAGUCUCCCAGUCCUUGCCGCUGAAAAACAUCCCCACAGCAUGAUGAUGAUGCUGCCACCACCAUGCGUCAUUGUAGGGAUGGUGCCAGGUUAUGAUGGUGCCAGGUUUCCUCCAGAUGUGACGCUUGGCAUUCAGGCCAAAGAGUUCAAUCUUGGUUUCAUCAGACCAGAGAAUCUAGCUUCUCAUGGUCUGAGAGUCCUUUAGGUGCCUUGUGGCAAACUCCAAGCGGACUGUCAUGUGCCUUUUACAGAGGAGUGGCUUCCGUCUGGCCACUCUAACAUAAAGGCCUGAUUGGUGGAGUGCUGCAGAGAUGGUUGUCCCCCCUGACCAAGGCCCUUCUCCCCCUAUUGCUCAGUUUGGCCUGUCGGCCAGCUCUAGGAAGAGUCUUGGUGGUUCCAAACUUCUUCCAUUUAAGUAUGAUGGAGGCCACUGUGUUCUUGGGGACCUUCAAUGCUGCAGACAUUUUUUGGUACCCUUUCCCUAUAUCUGUGCCUCGACACAAUCCUGUCUCGGAGCUCUACGGACAAUUCCUUCGACCUCAUGACUUGGUUUUUGCUCUGACAUGCACUGUCAACUGUGGGAACUUAUAUAGACAGGUGUGUGCCUUUCCAAAUAAUGUCCAAUCAAUUGAAUUGACCACAGGUGAACUCCAAUCAAGUUGUAGAAACAUCUCAAAGAUGAUCAAUGGAAACAGGAUGUACCUGAGCUCAAUUUCGAGUCUCAUAACAAAGGGUCUGACCACUUAUGUAAGUAAGGUAUCGUAUUAUUUUUUGUAUUACAUUUGCAAAAAUGUCUGAACCUGUUUUUGCUUUGUCGUUAUGGGGUAUUGUGUGUAGAUUGAUUAAGGAACAUUUCAUUUCAUCCAUUUUAGGUUAAGGCUGUAACGUAAUUUUUUUUGGGAAAAGUGAAGGUCAGAAUACUUUCUGAAUGCACUUUUUCAUUUUUUUGGGGACAAAUUAAUGAAAAGCUGAAAUGUCUUGAGUCAAUAUGUAUUCAACCACUUUGUUAUGGUAAGCCUAAAUAAGUUCAGGAGUAAAUAUUUGCUUAACAAGUCACAUAAUAAGUUGCAAGGACUGUGUGAAAUAAGUGUUUAACAUGAUUUCUGAAUGACUACCUCAUCUGUGUACCCCACACAUAAAAUUAUCUGUAAGGUCCCUCAGUCGAGCAGUGAAUUUCAAACACAGAUUCAACCAUCCCUUUGAGCAUGGUGAAGUUAUUAAUUACACUUUGGAUGGUGUAUCAAUAAACCCAGUCACUACAAAGAUACAGCCGUCCUUCCUAACUCCGUUGCUGGAGAGGAAGGAAACCACUCAGGGAUUUCACCAUGAGGCCAAUGGUGACUUUAAAACAGUUACAGAGUUUAAUGGCUGUGAUAGGAGGAACCUGAUGGAUCAACAACAUUGUAGUUACUUCUCAAUACUAACCUAAUUGACAGAGUGAAAAGAAAGAAGCCUGUACAAAUAUUCCAAAACCAGCAUGCGGUUUGCAACAAGGCACUAAAGUAAUACUGCAAAAGAUGUGGCAAAAGCAAUUCACUUUUUGUCCUGAAUACAAAGUGUUACGUUUGGGGCAAAUCCAAUACAACACAUUACUGAGUACCCCUCUGCAUAUUUUUAAGCAUAGUGGUGGCUGCAUCAUGUUAGGGAUAUGCUUGUAAUCAUUAAGGACUGGGUGGUUUUUAAAGAUAAAAAAAAUUAACGGGAUGAAGCUAAGCACAGGCAAAAUCCUAGCGGAAAACCAUGUCUGCUUUCCACCAGACACUGUGAGAUGAAUUUGUAAACAAUAACAAUAACGUAAAACACAAGGCCACAUCUACACUGGAGUUGCUUACCAGUUUUGACUUAUAGUAAAUCUUCUUGAAAAUCUACGGCAAGAACUGAACAUGGUUAUCUAGCAAUGAUCAACAACCAAUUUGACUGAGUUUGAAGAAUUUAGAAAAUAACAAAUGGGCAAAUGUUGCACAAUCCAGGUUUGGAAAGCUCUUAGAGAAUUACCCAGAAAGACUCACAGCUGUAAUCGCUGCCAAAGGUGAUUCUAACGUGUUGACUCAAAGGGUUGAAUACUUACAGUAUCUAAUCAAGAUAUAUUAGUAUUUUUUUUAUUUUAUUUUUUACAAAUGUUAAUGCCUUCCACUAGUAUUUUGUAUAGAUCGUAAAAAAAACUAAAAUAAACGAUUAAAUCAAUUUUAAUCCCACUUUGUAACAACAGAAUGUGGAAAAAGUCAAGGGGUGUGAAUACUUUCUGAAGGCACUGUACAUAGUAUUAACAAAGAAACUUAUGUAGUAACAAUAGUUUCUGGUACUUACCUCAAAUAAUUCAACACUAGUAACUACAUGGUGAUGUCAAAGAAACUAUGUAAUUAAUAAUACAAUUUUAACAAGUAGUUCCUACUUAACUGUCAAGUAAAUAACGGGCUGUAAAAUAGAGGGGUUACCGAUUUAAAAAAAUAUUUUGAGAGCUGUCCCAUAACUUGAAUGCUUUUGUGUUUUCUCUUCGGGGACCAGACCAGGGCAGCACCUACAGUGGAGACCUGGACACAGAAGAACUGAGCAACUUCCUCACCACUUGGGAUGACGUGCCACCCCCCACCCCUGGCGUCUCCUCGCGCCAAAGUCGACCCUAUGCCCACGAGACACUCCGACCCAUCAUGGACAUCCAGUCUCCCACCACCCCCCCACCCCCCAUCAUGGAUAUAGAGGCUGACUUCCCUGUCCGUGAGUGAUGCUCGACUUUUACACCUCCCCGGAGUUAUCAGGGAUUCCUGAUUUGAGCAUUGUUUACAUGGACCCAGUCUGAGACCUUUUUUCUGAAGUUUCCCAGUAUGACUUGUAGAGUACUUAUACCUUGGUUGAAAACUGUCAAUCUUUGAUGAGGGUAAUUAUAUGGUCAAAACAUAUUUACUUUAUAGUGAAUGGCUUCUAGCUCUAUAUAGUUUCAUCUUUCAACUGUCCUGUUAUGUUUUAACCAUGUAACAAGCAUCAGUAAGUCAAACCCUUCUUUGAUACUACACACUGCAAUUCAGCUGGCCUCAUUCUCAUUGUAGUCUAUGUUGUAGUCAAAUAUCUGUAUCCUUUUGUCAGAAACCCUGGAGCUGAUGGCCCAUUGGAGGGAUCAGGAGAGGGAUAGAAGUCCCAGUCCUCCACCUUCUCCUCCACGACGAAGAGCCAGAAGGAAAGCUCGGGAUGGCUUGCCACAGAAGAAAAAGGUACGAGCCCCAAAAAGUAGUCUAAAUGAGACCCCUUUCAAAGAGCGCCUUCAGCUAUUUAUUUCCGUAUUUCGACUCCCAGCAGUACUUUUUUAAUUUCUUUCAAUUUCCCUCAUUCUUUGUAAUUGUGGGUAACACUUUACUUGACGCUGGGCUUCCAAGUAAAGUGUUACCUAAUUCGGUGGGUGUGUGUGACUACCCCGUUGACCCCACAGAGGCGUAAGUCGAGAGCAGCAGAGACUGGAUCAGUGGUGGCGUCACUGGGUGAGGCACAGAGUGACGUGGUGCCCGGCGAGCCCCCUAAACUGCAGCACGUGUACGGGGUGGACGCCUGGAAGAGAUGGGUCCAGUGGAGCAAGACCCAGCCUGACCUGGAGAAGCCUCGAUUUGGCUGUGAGUCUGCUCACUGAUACACUUGUGCUCACACAGGCAAACAUGACUAUUAUGACUGUCAAUUUGAAUUCAUUUCCUGAAAUCCUGAUAUCACACAUUUUGUUGAAUUUCUUCUUCCUCACUUACUGCAUCCGUAUGAAUUGAACCUACCUCUUAAUUGCCUAUGGGAAUCAUUUAACUCGGUAGACUGAAUAAGUUAACCUUGGCGUUCUGUUCCCCCUGUUACAGCGCGGCCAAUGGAGAUAAAGGAGGAUGUUUUAAAGUGCACUACAGCAGAGCUGGGCUACGGUCUCUGUCGGUUUAUCUGUGAAGUUAAACGACCCAACGGAGAGUCCUACAGCCAGGACAGUCUGUUCUAUCUCUGCCUCGGCAUCCAGCAGGUAGGACACACACACUGACAGACAUUAACACAUUCACACACAGAUACACACACUCACUUCUGAUUAUGUAAUUCUGUUAAAUGUAAUGCAUAAUGGCCCCUCUUUCUGCAGUACUUAUUUCAGAAUGGGCGCAUGGAGAACAUAUUCACUGAUCUCUUCUAUGGCAAGUUCACGCUGGAGAUCACCAAGCUGCUGAAAGGCUUCAAACCUACCAUAACGGCCAGUGGUAAGACAACACAUAUACACACACUCAUAAACCCAGUGGGGAAAGUAAAGUUUAACAAAGAAAUGAUAAUAAGGCCUUUGCUUUGACCUCUCUUAUUCCAUCUCUUAUCUCACUCAUCCUUCAGCUUAACUCACUCUCUCUCUCCCCCUCUCUUGCUUUCCUUUCAUGUAUGGUGGGCUGAUGGCGUUGGGAUUGUGUUAUUAGUGUGCUUAUUGAAAGGUCUUUAAUGUUGGAAUCUCUCUCCCAGGCUACCUGCACUCGCGGGUGGAGGAGGAGUACCUGUGGGACUGUAAACAGCUGGGGGCCUACUCCCCCAUCGUGCUGCUCAACACGCUGCUCUUCUUCUGCACCAAGUUCUUCCAGUUCAAAACAGUGGCCCAGCACCGCCAGCUCUCCUUCGCCCACGUCAUGCGCUGCACCAAGUCCAUCCACGACAACACCAAGUCCAACUUCCUGCGCUUCUACCCGCCCAUCCCCAAGAAGGACCUGGCUACCGAAACAGCAGGUGCUUUGUCUAUUUAGUUUUUUCCUCCUUCACUCUCCUCUCUACCCUUCGCUUUUGUCUUGUUCAUGUAUUUUUUUGUGCUUUCUGAAACUGUGUUUUGCAUAUGUUUCUGCUCCGAUAAAACAUUGCAGGUUUCUACUUUUAUUUUUGUUCUAGUUUUUUUUCUAGUUUUCUUAAUCAGUUUGUUUCGUGCAUUACAACUUACACCCGAGUAGAACUAUUGGAAUACGAAUCUCUGGGUACUCACCGUCCACCCGACCUCCCCGAAAUCCCUGAGACCGCAAAAUAAUGGACUAGCUUCUUCGAGGCACCGAGCUGCUUGGGAGUCCUACCGGAGAGUAGGAAGUGUAGACACCGAUGGAGAGGCAGACGUGGGGGGUCUCAGUGAGAUUAAGACGCUGGGCUACCAGUCCUCCAUUACCAAGCAUACUACUCGCAAAUGUUCAAACAUUAAUGAACAUGACAAACUCAGAGCGAGGAUCUCCUUCCAGAGGGACAUCAGAUCCUGCAACUUAUUUUUCGGAGACUUUGCUUUCCUCCGACAUACAAAUGGAUUAUAUACAUUAUAUACAUAUUUACAGUUUUUCGAGCGGAUAGGAAGCGGCCUCUCUCUGUCAAGAGCAAAGGUGGUGGGCUCUGCUUUAUGACCAACAACCUAUGGUGCAACGGAGGAAAUGUACAGGAACUUGCGAGCUUCUGCUCUCCCCCGACUUGGAAUACCUGGUCAUCAAAUAUCGCCCUUUUUACCUUCCGAGAGAGUUCUCAGGGAUUAUCGCCAUGGCUGUGUACAUCCCGCCCCAAGCCGACACCAAAAAGGCUCUCAAAGAUCUUCAUUGGACCCUGAACAAACUGGUGACCGCUUUCCCGGAGGCAGCGUUCAUUGUUUGCGGAGGACUUUAACAAAAGUAAUUUGAGAACCAUGCUCCCAAAUUAUUACCAACACAUCGACUCUCUAACUCGCAGAAAUUCUACGCUUGACCACUGCUACACGCCUUUGACACGGGUAUAAGGCCCUCUCCCGUCCUCCUUUCGGCAAAUCCAACCAUGACUCCAUCUUGCUUCUCCCCGCCUACAAACAAAUCCUAGAGGGAAGUUCUGGUGGUCAGGUCUAUACAGCGUUGGUCCGACCAAUCAGAAUUCACACGCCAAGACUGUUUUGAUCACGUGGACUGGAAUAUGUUCCAGGUUGCCUCUGGAGAUAACAUCAAUGAAUACGCCGACUCAGUCACCGGAUUAAUAAAAAAAUGCGUAGAUGACGUGAUAGCAAUAGUGUCUUUCAAAACGUUCCCGAAUCAAAAAACGAGGAUUGAUAGCAGCCUUGUAGGAAAACAGAAAGAGAUGCUGCUUAUAAACAGGGCAAGGUGACCGGGGACAAUAGUUUGGUUAAAGUAGAAAUACGACCUACGCAGAUCGAUCAAGAUGGCGAGACACAAGUAUAGGGACAAAGUGGAGGAGGAAUUCAGUGGGUCUGACACAAGGAGUAUGUGGCAGGGGCUCCUAACGAUCAUGAAUUACAAAAGGAAAGCCAGCCACAUCGGUCACCAAAGGCACCCUACCGGAGGAGCUAAUCACCUUUUUCGAGCAUAAUGACCCUGAGCUGCCGGCCCUGAUGACAACAUGGGCUACACACUGUGUCCACUGAGGACGUAUGUAAGUUAUUCAAACGUGUUAACCCUCGCAAGGCUGCCGGCCCAGACGGCAUCCCUAGCCGUGCCCUCAGGUAAACAACCUCUCACUCAACGUCAGCAAAACAAAGGAGCUGAUUGUGGACUUCAGGAGGAACCAGGCUGGACACGCCCCCAUCCUCAACGGGGCCGCCAUCAAAUUCAUAUCUGAGAAGCGGAAAUGGUCUAACCACUGGACACUGUGGUGAAGCAGGCACGACAGCAACUCUUCAACAUCAGGAUGCUGAACAAGAAAUUCGUCCUGUCCCCGAAUGCCCUCGCAGUGUUUUAUAAGAGCACCAUCGAGAGCAUACUGUCGAGCUGCGUCACAGCCUGGUACGGCAACUCCACCGCCGCUGACUGCAAGGCGCUUCAGAGGGUGAUGUGUGCAGCCGAACGCACCAUUGGGUGCACACUACCUGCCCUAUAGGACACCUACAUCACCAACUAUCGCAGGAAGGCCAAGAAGAUCAUCAGGGACCCCAGUCACGCCCUGUUCUCCCCGCUUCAAUCACUCAGACGCAGGCAGUACAGGAGCAUCAUGGGAAAAAAAUUGAAGACUGCCCCCCCCCCCCCCAACGGGCACUUAUCUUACCUGCUGCUCCCCCUAUGGACAUUCAUCACUGUUGCAGUUGUUAAUAUGUAUGGUAUUGAUUUUUAUUCAUGAUCAUUUUUAUUUUCAUUUCACUUGGUCACUUGGUCCCCACGCCCCCUCAAUGGUCAUGGUGCUCCCCCUAUGGUCACCCCCCCCAAACAGUCUUUACUCUGCCUCACCCCAACAGUUAAACUGUAUAGUAAUAUACAUUUUACAUUUUAGUCAUUUAGCAGACGCUCUUAUCCAGAGCGACUUACAGUUAGUGAAUACAUAUUUUUUUAAAUGUAUACUGGCCCCCGUGUGAAUCGAACCCACAACCCUGGCGUUGCAAACGCCAUGCUCUAUCAACUGAGCUACUCCCCUACCCUGGACGACGCUGGGCCAAUUGUGCGCCGCCCAUGAGUCUCCCGGUCGCGGCCGGCUGCGACAGAGCCUGGAUUCGAACCAGGAUCUCUAGUGGCACAGUUAGCACUGCGAUGCAGAGCAUUAGACCACUGCGCCACUCAGGAGAAUAUAUUUCUAUUGUUGUUUUUUUAUUACAAUUUUUCAUUUAAUUUCACUUAGUCCUGCAUGUUGGAGCUCCCGGCCUAAGGUUUUCACUGUACCCUGCCAUCACACCUGCAACCCUGUACAUGACUAUUAAACACUCAAUCUCUGAAUCUGAGUGUUGCCCUCAAGGUUUCUUCCUAAUUAGGGAGUUCUUCCCUUGCCACUGUUGCCUUGACUAACGGGAUUUAUGUGUAGGUUGCUGUUUUUACUAAUGCAUUUGUAAAAAGUAUGACAGAUCAAAUUGGAUUCGUAUGUAAUCAUGGACCUGUGUGUGUAGCAGAUGCAGACGGUGUGGCAGCGAAGAGGAAGCGGGAUGACGAGGAGAAAGAGGAGGUGCUGGAGAUGAUGGAGAACAGUGAGAAUCCCCUCCGCUGUCCUGUCCGAUUGUACGAGUUCUACCUCUCCAAGUGGUGAGUGACACAGGCACACUGUAUCUCCCUAUGCUGCAGGCCAAUCUAACCUAGUAGUGUAACCUCAAAUUGUUCUUGACAUUGCUUUUCAAAACUCUGCUUUUCUGAGAUCUUUCCUCAUAUCACUGAAAAUGAGCCCUCUCUAACACAGAGCUCUCCUCACCCUCUUCUGUCCUCCAGCUCGGACUCUGUGAAGCAGCGCACCAACGUGUUCUUCCUGCUACCGGAGCGCUCAUGCGUCCCCAACAGCCCCAUGUGGUUCUCCUCCCAGGGCCUGGACGACCACACUCUGGACACCAUGCUGACACGCAUCCUCACCGUCAGGGAGAUCCAUCUGGGAGACCCCCAGAGGAACAAGCCCCAGUCCAAGGACCCUGAGUGGACCCCCGACCAACACAGCGACAACUCGGAUUGACCAUGAUGAGGGGUACACACAGUUAAGCUUUUGUUUACACACUCACACUACGUGUUGAUCCGUAAGGACUCCUGGGAUCCACCUCCAGCCGUGUGUGAAGAGGAGUGUGUUCACACAGUUAUAAACUGAGAAUGUGUCAUGUACACACAUUGUGUAGGAGAUGUGUGUACACGCAAUUAUAAACUGAUGCUCAACUGCUCAAUGGAGACACUGUUCAUGCUGUCUGGUCACUACAAGGCAAAUGGAGGAAAAAGUAGGAGAAAUCACUUUAAGAACCUCCAUACUGCCUUUGUCAGCAUUAUUGCGGUCAUAGAGAAAAACAAGUCUGGUUAACAAGCUCUUUAACUUCACCAUAGGAGAGAGACGAUGCUCUCCAGCACUAUUAACAUGGACUCAGAUUGGGAAAAUGGUAAAAAGAUUUGAAGAAGUUGGCAAUCCCAUAUCUGACCAGGCCCUUUCUACUGCUUAUAUUCCCUGUCUUCUCUUUCUGUAUUGGAUCACUACAGAAAUUACGAUGUAUUGAAAAGAAUGCCAGUGAUUACAGAUGUCAGCAAAGUUGUUUUAUGUGAUUUUGUAUGUUAAAGAAAAUAUGAAGACUAUUUCUGGGAUUAGCCUUGUUGUUUUGGGAAUUAGAUAAUAUUGUACUAACACCGAAUGAUAUAAUUUGCUGUCAGUGGUGUUGUCCAUUGCCUACUAAAAUUGAUGGCUGGCAGACAUUCCUUGAAUUGACUGUGAGUUAUAUUUGGAGUCAUAUCAACUUGUCAAAAUGCUUGAUGUCACAUCAGUGCUCCCACAUGCAUACACAAGCAAGCAUGUAUAAUGUUGGAGGAAAGAAUGUGUCAUUCUGUGUUUCCUUAUUUAGAACACUUGUGAUGUCAGGAAAGAGGACCUAUAAUUGUUUGUUCAUUUGGAAAGACAAGCAUUUACCUUGCAAGUGCUCCCCAUACUAGUUCAAAAUUG